AUGGAAUACAAGUAUCGGCUAGUUGUGUUUGUAAAUAAGAAAAAAACGAAAGAAAUUGAAAUAGUCCCCUCAUCAUGGAUUUAUAGCGAUAAACUUUCAAGUACAUUGCUCUGCAAAUUUAUGCCAGGACCUUAUAAUAAUGAGAAAAUUAACAAAUUAGUAUACAUGGUGAAAAACGGUUUACUUCCGGAAGAUCAAUGGCCCAGUUAUCCUAUAGAAUUAAAAGGAAGAGCAUAUACUUAUGAGGAUGCUGAGAAGAAAGCAAUUAUUUUAGAAAAAGAACCUUAUGUAUAUUCUACAGAUAAUGAGGACAGAGCAAAACAAAAAGCUAAUCAAGAUAAAAAGUAUUUUCAGUUUAAGUCAGUUUCACAGGAAUCUGUCUCUCAACAACUUGACGAAAGUCAUUUCGACAUUAAUUCCGAUAUUAUACAAAACAUUC